AUGGACCCAGAAAUCAGAAAGAAAGCAAACAUUCUUGAAGCCAGCAGAAAGUCAUACUUUGACAAAAUGAACAUCCUUGAUGAUGAUAUGGAGGUUUUGCUCAGUGAAUUCGACCAAAUUGAAGAGGAAUGCUACUCAAGAAAGAAUGAGAAAUGCUUAAAUUUGAUAGAUAACUACUGGAUGUCCCUAAAGCAGUAUGAUAGAGAAGAAUUCAAAGAGAAUCGUAUUAAUAAAAGUAAAUGUGAUGAUAAAGUCCCUUUGCACAUGAAGAUGCCGUCAGAUAAAGAUGGAAUUAUCAGAUCUAAGAAUCAAUAUGAUGUUUGGAGCGCCCAUUGGGAAUGUGCAACACCCCAUCGUGACAUAGCAGAAAAGUUCGCACUUAGGAGGGUGAAUUUCUUAAAGCAAGCCAACUUAAACCUAAAAAAUCAAUUUCUUUCUUAA